AGAGAAACAGGGGAGCGCCAGCUCAGCGAACGUGCGCCGGAGAGAGCACCACCAGCCAGCCAUCCAUCCAACCGGGAGGAGCCGCCACCGGGCAAAGCAAGGCAAAGCAAGGCAAAGCAAUCAUUUUCGCUUCUCAGGUCCGCCACCUCUCACCCGCCGAAAGCCCGAACUCACUGAGUCGAAUCCCUCCGCGUCGCCCGACUCAACUCGCUCCCUUCCCUUCCCUUCCCAGGCUUCCCUCCCUCCCUCAAUCCCAUGGCUAACCGGUACAAAUCGGAGCUGCGAGUCCGGAUCGACGAGCCCCCGCCCCCGAAAUUCGACGCCGCCGACGACGAUUCCCCGGGAUCGCGCGGGAUCGACGGGGACGACGGCGGCGGCGAGCGGGAGCACAGCGUGCGGUUCAAGCACUCGGCGAACAACGUGACGGAGAACCAGGAGCCGUUCAUGGGGUUCAAGGUCCGGCGGAAGGCCUCGCUCCACCGGGACUACAAGGGCGACUACCUCGACGUUCUGUCGCACCCGUUCCUGAUGAAGAUUCUGCAGAAGCAAGGUGAUAAGCAAGUGCUAUUUGCUGAUAAAGUUUUGAAGUUCACUGGCUCGGGGAAAAUGAAACGACGUAUUCUUUUGAUCACCGACUUUGCCUUAUACAUAGUUGACCCUGAAACUGAUGCCCUCAAACGGCGGAUAGCCCUGGCAGCUGUGGAGAAAAUGUGCUUGAGCGAACUAAGUGAUAACUUCUUUGCGGUUAUAGUUCCCACAGAAUAUGAUUUACUCAUGGCUAGUACACGGAAAACAGAAAUUGUUACUGUGUUAGUUGAAGCCACGAAGAGCGCAUCUGACUAUGAACUUGAAGUGAAUUUUUCCAAUAGGUUUGAGUACAAUGCAGCUGCCGAACUGGUGAAAGAAAUUCAAUUUGCGGAAGUUGAAGGUGGCGUUAAGACAAAAAUCACGAGGAAGUAGACUGCAUUUGAUUCUUUGCACCGAUUUACCCACAUCCUGCGAAUGAUCGAUGAUUUUUGGGCCUAGGCAAUAGUUCGCACGUCACCAAACUGUCUGCAUAUGAUUUUGGUUUGAUGUGAGUGGUGGCUUUCGCUGGAGAGCGGGAAAUGGGUAGAUAACAACGUUGUUUUCAAAUUGUAAACCAGCAAAUCAUCCAUGUAUACACGUAACUUUGUCGAUUAGUUGAGGAUGUCGAAAGGAGAGUCAGGCAUUGUACAAUACGUACUUUUUAGCUCUUAGGUUUUUGCGGAAGUGGUCUCAAGUGGGAAACGACUAGGGUCCACAAGGCCCUGAUAUUCUUAUGCUUCUACUUGUGUAAGUUCUGCUCUCCAACAUUGCUUUUUUAGGACUAUAGUGUGAUUUGAAAUGGAGGGGAUCGGUCGUUUAUAACUUUCACCAACAA